ACAUGUCGGUGGCGACGGGCAGCAGCGAGGCGGCCGGCGGGGCUGGCGGCGGCGGCGGCGGCGGGGGCGCGCGGGUUUUCUUCCAGAGCCCCCGGGGCGGCGCCGGUGGCAGCCCCGGCGCGAACAGCGGCUCGGGCUCCUCUCGGGAGGACUCGGCGCCCGUGGCCACCGCGGCCGCUGCCGGGCAGGUUCAGCAGCAGCAGCGUCGCCACCAGCAAGGAAAAGUGACAGUGAAAUACGAUCGCAAGGAGCUUCGGAAGCGGCUUGUGCUGGAGGAGUGGAUCGUGGAGCAGCUGGGACAGCUGUACGGCUGCGAGGAAGAAGAAAUGCCAGAUGUAGAAAUUGACAUCGAUGAUCUUCUUGAUGCAGACAGUGAAGAGGAGAGAGCUUUAAAGUUACGGGAAGCGCUCGUAGACUGCUACAAGCCAACAGAGGAAUUUAUCAAGGAGCUGCUCUCUCGGAUAAGAGGCAUGAGGAAACUGAGUCCCCCACAGAAGAAGUCUGUUUAAUUCUGGCACAGGGUGGAUCUUGCCUGGAGACCAAGGCAGGGUCCUGGGAUUUGAACUUCAAGAGGACUUUUGUUAAAGCAAAAUUGUCCUUAUGAGAAACUUUUAUUUUGCGGGGGGAGGGAUGCAUAUCUAUUAGACACUUAUUCAAGAGCGUUCCUUUUUUGUUUUUAAAGGUUUUAUCAGCAUACUAUUUUAUUAGUAAAGAUAUCACGACUCUGGUUUCAGCCCAAUGAGGGAUUAUCAAACCAGGCAGGCAUCCAAGAAUGGACUGGGCCAGGCAGUAUUUUCUUCGAGAAAUCUGAUGUUUAGGACCUAACUAUACAGGGAUGAUGGUUUUUUUUUUUUUUUACAACUAGUUUCAUAAUCCUUUUAUCUUAAGUUGUACAUUUGACUCAGAUGUCAAAUUUCUCAUACUUGUAUAUAUAUUAAUAUAUAUCUACACACAACAGAGUCCCAAUGUAGAUGUGAGUUUUAUUUCACAUUGAUGAAAUAACCUUGUGGUUGUCCUUUAACUAGAGGUCACAGCACAUGUAUUUUCAAGAGGCCACUAGAUAGUCUUCAUGUGAGUGCUGUUGACCUCCAACAUCCACUUUAUGCACCAAAGUGAAAGAAUUCAGCGUAUCCGUUAUUUGAAUGAAUUACACUACAGAAAUGUUGAGUUGGUCAAGGGCUUAAUUUAUGGACUUUAUAUUAUUUUAUUAAUUGGGAUGCUUUGCCAGGUCUUGUGCUUAUUGCCUCGUUUGUGGUAUUUUCAAGUUUUACGAACCCUUCACUUGAAGAACGACUGGGAUUUCUAGAGAAGGGCCCAUGCCAUCUGAGCAGUGUUUUGCAGAGGAAAAUGGAAGCGCUGUGUAGCAACUCAUUCUCUGCUUUCAACAAAGUACUGUGUAUUGAUCUCUCUCCAUGAAAGCAGGUCCUAAGGAAGUCAGCAGAUUAUGCAUCUUCCUUCUUAGAGGUAGGUUCUGGUCACUUCUGUGCCUGGGCAGCACCUGACCCGAGGAGGUGAACCGAGUGGAGAGCAGGUGGAGAGGUGGGAAAGCUUCACCUUCUCUCAGGAGAGUUGAUAGCGGUGCGCAUGCUGGUUGGGAAACGUGGUGGAGGUUGCAUUUCCGGUUUCCCUCAGCAGCAUAUGGUGAGGACUGGCUCCUGGCCCUAAUUUUGCACCUCGAGCCUCUUGCUUGGAGCUAGCCUGGGGUGCCUGCCCUACCCCUCUCAGUCAUACACCAGCUCCUUGAGGGAGGCUCAACCUUCAGACGGACGUGGGUGGGGUGAAAGGUCAGAGCAGAAACUCUUCCUUCCCUCCAGGAGGCCCUGCUGCCUCCCCACGGAAACCCCUCCUGCAGUGAGACGUGUCUAGGAGGCCCUGUGAGAGCACAAGGGUCAGGCAUUGUCUAUCAAGGGUGCUCUGAACAUAUUUUAUUUUUUAAAAGAACUAUGUUUGUGGAUUUUAUGUAUACUGGCAAGCUUUUGAAAAUGUAUUUAAUUUUGUAAUGUUUACCAAUGAUUUCUCUACAAGCUAUUUACUCAAAUAAAUGGAGC